AUGGCCCAUCUGGCUGAGGCAGACAAGGGCGCUAUAAUAGCACUUCAUGCAGAGGGAUUUUCAAAUGGCUAUAUAGCAAGAACUAUGGGUCUUCACAAGUCGACGGUAGCCAGGUGGGUCAGACGAAAGGAAGAGAGUGGUAACCUGAGUGGAAGGCCUCAUGGUCGUCGCCGCAAAAUUACAGCAGCUCAGGAUCAGCAGAUACGCCGUUUCAGUGAGAACCACCCAUUUGUCAACGCACGACAAAGUCAGCAAACUUUGGGUCUCAAUGUUAGCAGUAAGACCGUCACUCGUCGUGUAAGGGAAGGUGGACUGAGAGCAAAAAGCGCUGCUGUGAAAGAGGCAUUGACUGUUUCCCAAAGAGAAGCUUGCCUUGCUUUUGCUACUGAAAAUGGCGACAAACCUCUCCAGUUUUGGAGGCGAAUGAUUUUCACGCACGAAAAAGUUUUCUCUACGGCAUCAACCGGAAAAGUACUUGUUUACCGGCCUAAAGGUGCUAGGUAUAAUCGAAAAUAUAUUUACAGUUGCCGAAGGAGUGGCAGGUAG